CAUAAAUAAACAAAUAAAGAUUUAUACAUAAUUCUCUCCGUCUUGACAUAUAUAUAGCGACCUCGUAUUUAUCUCUCUUCUUAAAUCUUAACAUCGAAACAUCCUAAACUCAAGAAUCAUCUUUAGGGUUUCUGGAUAUUUGUUAUACAGGAGUUAAAGAAGAUGGGUUUAAACUCGGUUUAUAGGCAUCUGCAAGAGGUCUUUCCUACGAUUGACACUCGUGUGCUUAGAGCUGUUGCAAUAGAGAACUCAAAGGAUAGUCAAGUAGCUGCUAAAGUUGUUCUUGAAGAGAUCAUACCCUUUCUUCCUGUGAAAUCAGAGUCAUUUAAUUCUGCCAAUGAGAUUAAUUCUUGCUCAUUUGAAGGUGCUGAAGCUGUUUCCCCUACAUUUUUUGCUCAGAUAUAUGAAUCCCUCUCAAGUGAAAAUGGUGAAAUCGUUGGCAUGGGAGAUAAGCCUGUUUACCAGAAAUCACCAGGGGAAUCUGCAGAUAUAAGUAACGUUGGUGUUGAUUUGUCUGCCGUAAAUACGACUUUACUUAAUGAAAAAGCCUCUAAUAACGAAUCUAAGCAAGUGCAUAUAGAGUUUGCUAAUGAGAAAAAUAGUUCAUCACAAACUUCUAAAAAGAGUAGCAAAGAAGAUUCGGAAGUUUUAGAUGAUUCAUCUCUUGAUGGUGAUGUAGCUUCAUCUUCAACUCAAAAUGUUUUGCUUGAUGGUUCCACAAACAGCAUAGAAUUAGUCACGGUGCCUGAACCAAGUUAUUCAUUCAUUACUGUUUCAAAAACUGAUGUACCCCCGAGUGAAAUGAUUGAUUGUGAAAACAAGUCUGCGAUCCACACUAUGGCUGAUCCCGAGACAACAUUUUCAAAUGUUGAUAAACCGGAGAAAAGUAAUUUUACUGUAGCUGCAUCUGAGAAAGGGUUAGCAAUUACAGUAUUUGAUGAUUUUGAGGGCGAGACUGACGUGAACACUGCCAUCAGAUCGCAAUACGAGCAUAUAUAUAGCACUCAACAUCUUGAGGAUAUUAUUGAAUCUUCCAAGAGUGAAAAGAUAACUUUACAGUCAGCGAAGGAGUCACUAUACAGCUUGAUGAGAGAAGUAGAGCUCAAAGAGAACUCUGUAGAACAAGCGGAGGAAGAAGCUGCUCAUGGGGGCUUGAGCAUACUUAUCAAUGUGAAAGAAUUAAAACAGAUGCUUCAACGUGCAAAGGAAGCAAAUGACAUGAAUGCUGGAGAAGUUUAUGGUGAAAAGGCUAUUCUAGCCACUGAAGUGAGGGAGCUUCAGUCUCGCUUGGUCAGCAUGUCAGAUGAAAGGAAUAAAGCUCUUGCCAUGCUUGAUGAGAUGCGUCAAUCACUUAAAGGGCGAUUGGAAGAAGCAGAAAGAGGUAUUAAAGCUGCAGAGCAAGAAAGAUUGGACAAGGAAGAGUUUGCUCGCAAAUCGCUAGCAUAUGAAAACAGCAUUAUGGAAAAGGUGGUUGAGGAGUCGAAGAUUCUUGAGCAAGAAGCACAGAAGAACUCUGAGUUGAGAGAGUUUCUUAUGGAUCGUGGCCGAUUAGUCGACAUAAUUCAAGGAGAAAUAUCAGUUGUAUGCCAGGACAUUAAAUUGAUCAAAGAGAAGUUUGACCAACAUGUUCCAUUAAGCAAGUUACUAUCUUCCAGCUAUACUUUGGCGUCAUUGACUUCUUCCAGUUCUUCUAUACCAAGUACCGCACCUCAGCAGAUGUCAGAACUUGUUCAUGCUCUUGACAGCAUAAAGGCACUUGACAGAUCAAUUGCCGAUGAUCAGAUUUCAUAUGGAGAGGAGGUGCCUAGCCAUCAGAAGGAGCUUAUUGAUGAUGGGUGGGAAUUCUUUAAUAAAGAGGAAUGCAGGACGUGAUUUCUUAAUUUUCAAGGAUAGACAAUACUCCUAGAUCAAAAUUUGUGUUUAUAAGUGUCUAGCAAUUAGGAUCUCUAGUAGUGAUUUUUUUGAGUUGAGUAGAGAUGUGUUUUCAACCUCGUACUUUUGGGCAGCGAGGUAGCUUUGAUACACUGCAAAUAUGGAAAUUAUGGUAUAUCUCUAUGGUACUGGUUUUGAACUCAUUCUAAUGAUAUUGAAUUGUCUAUUUUAAUUUGAA